ACAUUUUUUCAUCGAAAGAGAGUGCAGGCGCAGUGGAUGCAACAAUUUUCCUUUGUGAUAUUUCUACAAUUUGACGUUUUUCAUUCUUCCUGGCAUACACAACGGCCUACUCCAUUGCAAGUCAAAAAAAGCGCACAUUCAGUGGAGCAGCUUAGAGAAAAAGUCAAUUUGUUUGUGUCAUUGGUAUUCGUGGAGUGCAGUAAAAACGUUUUUGGCAAGCGCCAAGUAAGGAAGUUGCAAGUAUGCUGAAUUUUUUCAAAGACGUAAUGGCUCCUACAACGCGUAGCGUAAAAUCUGAAGACAAUAAGGAUGGCGGUGUCUGUGGUAAAAUUGGAAUCAGUGAAAAAUGUGCCCAGCAAACUACAGCACCUCCACCAAUUAAAGGCUACAAAAUAACAGACAACGAACGUUCUAAAAAAUACGGCAUUGGCGCUAAUUCACUACAAAUGCUAAAGGAUAAGGCGAAACUAAAGUUCCCUGUUAAAGACUUACGGUUGUAUAUUUCUACUGAUGGCUUUGAAGUAUCUGAUGAUGAUUACUUUCAAACAUUGGCGCCUCAAACACUUUUCAUUGUGGCUGGGCCGGAUGAGAUUAUAACAACAGAUGCCGACUUUGAAUUCGAAAAACUGCGCCAAAACUCACCCUUACUCCGUGUUGCCGAUAUCAUUUAUGAAUUCAUUGAACAAAAUCCCGAACAAUUUCGCAAAAUGAUAACGGAUUAUGAAAAUCGCAAGAUUUGUCGUCAACAAGCGCUCGAUAGCAACAAACAGGCAUACCAAAGCAAAACCGAACUUAGUUUGCGCACACAGCACAGCGAGUGGUUUGAGGGACAAGAGGAACGUUGCCAUUCCAAGGAAGAAGCCAUGGCACGUCGUGCACAAGAUCGCAUGCGUAGCUAUUACUACAAAACGAAGGAGGAACUGACACGCAAUAAACUGUAUCGCCAAAAUCUAAAAGCCCGUCACAUAAUCGAUGCUGUGCUGGAGCAAUUCCGCUAUCUGCUAAUCGGUUGUGAUUACUUUUCCAUGUUAUUCGAUCGCAAGUGUCCGAAAAAACAUGCAAUUCUGCAACAACAACUCGACGAUGAAACAGAUGCCAGCGCAAUGCUGCCAAAUAAACGACUGCGUCAGGUCAUCAAAGAGUAUACGGCACGCCAUAAAAUACUGGACGAAUGGUCGGUAUCGCUUUGCACUGAGCUGGGCGAUUUCUACUGUCAAGGCAGCUACUCGGAUAACGGCAAUUGUUGCGCGCUCAAACACACCAUCAAUCCGUACGCAUCGCGUGAGAAUUUAAUACUCUUCCAGGUGUGGAAUUUAGAUCAUCAAAUCGAGUUGUCGCGUUCCAUAUUACCCGCAUUAAUUGAGAAUGUGCGCGAGCUGGUUGAGCACCCGCAACGCAAAUGCACGCUGCAUAAUAAGCGCGUUAUUGACAUUUCUGUGUUGGAAUACUUUUUGGAAAUAUUCUCUUUGAAAAAUCUAAAACUGGUGCAUAUCGUCUGUCAUGAUAAAACGCAGCGCACAAACAAGUCCAAUGGACGCCUGGUGUGUGCACAAUGUCAUGAGUACAAAAUCGUGCAGGAAUUAAUGGGUGUGCGCAAUCAGGAGGAUGAAGUGGAUGCAACGAGUUAAAGUAUUUCGUGCGUGUGAUUGGUAGAAGUCAAGAAAUUGCAGAUUUAUCACAUCAGGAACCACAAUAUACAUACAUAAAUUAUGAAACACAUGGGAGGAGUGACCUAAUCGAAAGCAUCGCUUAAAAAACAAAUAAACUGGACUAUACUUAAGUGCAAAAAUGCCGCACUUCUCUCUAAUAACGUAAAAAUAAUAAAAAAGAAAUAUAAAUAAAUAUGUAAAUAUUGCUUGCGCUCUUUGGCAAGUUACUAAAGAUUUAAGGCAAAUCAAAAAUACAAAAAAAAAAUAAUUAAUAAUUAAAAAUAUAUACUACUGUACUACAGCAUACAAUAUUCAUAUGUACAAAUAUAUACAAAAAAAAAUAAAGUAUACUACAUAUUCAUAUAUCUCAAAGAAAUCUAAAAGUCUACCAUAAGAUAAAUACUAAACUGAAUAAUAUAUUUACAAUAUUAAUGGAAUAAACUGCUAAAAGUAUUUACAAAUAUCCGAACCAUAUUACCAGCUGCAGUUAACAAAAAAACGUAACUUUAAGCAUUGAUCUCUAAUACAACUGGAAAUAUGUACAUAUAUACUAUAAAUAUAUAAAUUACUAAAAGCUAUACACAUAUAUACAAAUAUCUUACAAUAAAAAUAUAAAAAUAUGCUGAAAUGUAGCUUGUUGCGUAAUUGAUGGCUUUAUAGCUUUUAAAAGACAUUACAAAAGUAUUACAAAUACUAUAAAAUUAAAAAGAAAAAGUUGUUGUUGCUUUAGAAAUGCUAUAUACUAUAUAUUGUUGCUAUGUAGUUGCCAUAUUCUACUAUGUAGUAGUGUUGUUGUUAUAGUUGUAGUUAUAGUUGAGACUUUGUAGAGUUGCUGUCAAUAAUAUGCUUUAGCAAGCAAAGUUACAUACAUACAUAUAGCUAACUAUAAAAGCAAUAAUUUAGCAAAAUAUGAAAAAACACUAUUAACCGUUAAAAAUUAUUGGAAGAAACCAAGCGUUAUGCGGGCUGGUCCUGUUAAGCAAACGUUUAUAAAGAAAGUAAAAAUUAUAAACCUAAAAAUUCGAACAUAACCUAAAAUUUUUUCGAAGCAAUAUUUAUAUUACGCAAAAAUUAAGCUUAAAAUGGAGACAAUUUAAGUCAUAAAGUGUCUGAAAUUUAUGAAUUUACAUUCGACAUUGACAAUUAAUAACAUUUCUAUACAGAUUAAAAGAUGUUUCAUAGUUUUUGUUGCCGAAAAAAUCUUAACUCUGAAAUACCCUAAAAAAUUUUCGAAAAUAAUUUUUUUUUUAAAUAUGCCAUAAAUGCCAAAUGAGCAACUGUAAUAUAUAUGGCCUAAAAUAUAAAUAGAAAUUAUUUUCCCUAAAAUCACAAACAUUUGCAUACUUUUAGGAGUAGUACUUUUAAAAAUUUGAUUUGUUGUAUGCGAAAACCGUAGACGUCACUCUAGUUAUUCGUAACCGAGUUGUUCCCGGACUGAACUGUCAACUCGACAGCAAAAAACCCGAAAAAAUCUUGCCGUUAUAAAUGAUAUGCAUAUAAAUCCCAAAAUCUUUACCGAAACAAUUUUAUUUCUGAAAUACCCUCAAAAAUAUUCGAACACAUUUUUUUUAGAAUAUCCAUAAAUGGCAAAUGUACAUGUAUAUUAGAAUUAUUUUCACUAAAUUCACAAACAUUUGCAUACUUUUAGGGGUAGUUCUAGUAUUCAAAAAACGUAGAUCUCACUCUGGGUCUUCAUAAGCAACAGCAUAAAACCCGAAAAAAUCUCCCACGAUGUUUUGUGCGGUUAUAAAUACUAACAUCUCAAUCCCAAAAGGCCCCGUGAGAAAUCUUUACCUUAAUAUAAUUUUAUAGAUAUGGAAUUAAAAAUAAAACAAAAAUAUUAAUUUUAUUUAAAAAAAAAUAAUAUUUCUUAUUUUUUAAUGCUUAUUAAUUCAAAAAAUAAUUUCUGAAAAAUAAAAAUGAAAAUAAUUUUUUUUAUUUUUUAUGUGAGAUUAAAAAAUAGUUUUGGAAAAAUAAAAAUGAAAAUUUUUGGAUCCAACAUCGGGAUUAAAAAAUAAUUUCUUUUUAAUUUUAAUCCAAAAUUUUUUAAUUAGAAAUCUCGCAAUCCUGCUCCUGCCUUUCUCAAUAUUAUAUAACAUUUUUUCGACAACUAAAAAAAUAUAUGUACGUAUUUGGAUUGGUUAACUAGACCCUAGACCUUUAGUUGCAACAGGUUUUCAGAUAUUACAUGACAACUGGUUUCUUAACGCAAAUACUUCGUCUUAAAAACGGUUUUUGAACUGGUUUCAAUACCUACAACAAUGUAUGUAUACUCAAAUGCCAAAAUCUCAUUAAAAAUGUGCGAAUUUUAAUGCUUUUCUUCAAGCAAAAAAUGGUUUUAUUCAUUGAAACUAAAGAAUAUUGUUAAUGAACCUUUCAAUGCCUUUACUAUCUAAGCAAAUUAAAUAACUAUAUUUAAUUAUAAAAUUUUAACUUUUUUGUAUGAUUUUGCAAGUAAUUAUUUUAAACAUAAUUCCAAUUUGUUUUUAAAUCUAUAAAAAAAAACUGGUUUGCUGCUCGAUACCUAAAAUUUAUUAAGAACUAUAUUCUAUAUAUGACGUGUAAACUAAAGUUAACAAUAAACUGGAAAAAUAACUGAACUG